UUCUCAGCGAGCAGACCGACGACGACGUCUUGCGCAAUGUUCAAGACCAGGUCAGCGUGUCGUUGGGCGUGAUACAUGAGGCGCUGAGCCGGUAUGGGUAGGUUGCUGCGUUGGCAUACACAUCGGCCGAGGCCCGACCAUCUCUCGCUCUCGUAUAACGGCGGCAAGGACUGCCUCGUGCUGUUGGUAUUGAUCCUGGCCUGCCUGCCCGCGUGGGCUUCCCACUCAUCCUCAACCCUUCCUCCUUUCGAUACAACCACGGGAAACCCGGCGGUCGGUCCGACAUCCGAAUCUCCUCCCUCGUCCUCCACCACCGACGGCGCACCCGUCCGCCCAUUGCAGGCGAUAUACAUUGUCUCGGCGCACCCCUUCAGGGAAGUGGAGGACUUCGUGGAAAGAACUGCCCAGCAAUAUCAUCUCGACCUCAAACGGUAUGCGCUGCCCAUGCGGCCGGCGCUCGAGGCAUAUCUGAAUGACAGGCCAGCCGUCAGGGCGGUAUUUCUGGGCACGCGGAGGACGGAUCCACACGGCGAGUUCCUGACACAUUUCGAUCCGACGGACGAGGGCUGGCCGCAGUUCAUGCGAGUUCAUCCUGUGAUUGACUGGCAUUACGUUGAAAUCUGGGCGUUUAUUCGGCACCUCCAUAUUCCAUUCUGUGAACUGUACAACCGUGGCUUCACCUCCUUAGGCGGCGUGACUGACACGCGUCCAAAUCCAGCGCUGGCAGUCAGUGGCGACGCAUCGAAAUACCGUCCAGCAUAUGAACUUCGGGACGAUGGCGAGGAGCGUCUCGGCCGAGAUUGAUAUGGGCAUCUCGGCACCCUCCCACAGGUUGAGCCUGCGAUCUCCCUGUACGUACACAAUAAUGGGGCUCACGGUUGGAGAAGUGCGUGGCCAGCAGCGACGGGGUGCGAUGGAGAACGUGAGCCGCGAUCACAGCUCGGCAGGUGGCGGACCUACAAAAACGCAUCGCUUCAUAGACGAUAGAUCAGUAUAGACGGUGUUGCACGUGGCAAGCUAGUAUCUUUUCUUCAUAUGAUACGGCUAACGGAACAAACAAACCGGCGUCUAUGUCUGGGGAGUGGGGGAUGGGAGCUUUUAAGGCGGCACGAUCUACCGACGCAUGUGCUAUCAAGAUAGGAAUUCGUUGGAUAACGGGUUACCGAGAGGGACAUAUCACAAAAUGCUGUAUAUCUGGUAGCGUUGGGGAUGGGAAGAUACUUGUGCAGCAACACCCCAGGUAUCGAACAUGGCUGGAGUCACAUCCUACUCCAGUUAGCUGGCCA